CAGUUCGUUUUUGGCAUGUGUUUUUAUUUUUGGAUUUUUGGAAAAUUGGAGCGUACAAGCUAGGUAGAGAAAAGUUUUAUAUUUAAACAAUUUUCAAGUGCAACUCACCACUUAAAAUGUCUCAAGGUCCCAACAUCGUGAAAAUGAGGUUCCACCGGCCGAAAGCUCAAAUCGAACAAAAUCUUGAACCCUUAAAACAGAACAGAAAAAAAGUCGCUCAAAGAUUUUACUAUCAAAACCAUCCCGUAAAUAUAAGUCCUUUGGUUAACGAAAAUUCAAAAGCACCAGUGCACCAGCGAUUGGGUUUAAAGCAAACCAGAUUAAAACGCCUACCUUUGGGCACGAAUACGGCAUCACUCCUACCAAAAAGACGACAAAUACACAAAAAUCUACAAAAUGGUCCUAAUACAUACUUCAAUUUCAGAGGACGAAAACUGCAGCGUACUUAUUCCGCUCAAGCACGUCUUGAGAGAAUACGAAAUACGCAAUUUAAGAAACCAAAAAUUAAGCUGCGCAGAUUGAACACUGUUCCAAAAAAUCUCACGAUAGAAUUACAGAAUAAUAACUUUAGUCUAAGAAAUGUCGAGGAUGUUAAAAAGUUUAAAAUGAUGUUGGAUCCUAAAAUUCAAGCAGAAAUAAUUGAGAUCCAAAAUGAAAGUACAGGUAAUGAAAUUUUGGUAUUACCGACUUUACGCAUUCAACCUGUAACAACUGGAGUAUCGAUGCAUGAUCGAUUUACAAGUUUUUAGAAGAUGACUUAUAGUUUUACUGUCCAAGAAGAAUACCACUUUGG